ACAGCCUCAUCACGCUCCGGGAGUGGGAGACUGUCUUCGGCAGCAAUUGGGGUCACGUCUUGCAUGGACUUUAACUGCAAACCAGCCUUCUUCACAAACCACUACCUCAAAAGGUCUCCCAAACGCUGUUUCUCGCAACAUGACAAGACCAAGGAGGGAAGGGGAUGCAGGUGGUGCUGGGGAAGUGACCGAAGCAGCCCUUGUCAGAGACAUUUUGUACGUCUUCCAGGGCAUAGACGGCAAGAACAUCAAGAUGAGCAACACGGAGAACUGUUACAAAGUGGAGGCCAAGGCAAACCUAAGUAAAUCUUUGAGGGAUACGACACUCAGACUUGCAGAGUUGGGAUGGUUACAUAAUAAAAUCAGAAAAUACACUGACCAGAGGAGUCUAGACCGUUCAUUUGGACUUGUGGGUCAGAGUUUUUGUGCUGCCUUGCAUCAGGAGCUGAAAGAAUACUACCGGUUGCUCUCUGUUUUACAUUCCCAGCUACAGUUAGAGGAUGAUCAGGGUGUGAAUUUGGGCCUUGAGAGUAGCUUGACACUCCGGCGCCUGCUGGUUUGGACGUACGACCCCAAGAUAAGACUGAAGACUCUUGCAGCCCUGGUGGACCACUGCCAAGGAAGGAAAGGGGGUGAGCUGGCGUCUGCUGUGCACGCGUACACGAAGACGGGAGACCCGUACGUGAGGUCGCUGGUGCAGCACAUUCUCAGCUUGGUGUCCCAUCCUGUGCUGAGCUUCCUUUACCGCUGGAUCUACGACGGGGAGCUCGAGGACACUUACCACGAAGUAAGGAACGCCCUUCCAGCCUCGCACUCGGCUUCAGGAGGUGUGGGUGCCCGUGCUCUCUUGAUCUUGUCUCCGUGACGGCUGUUUUCCCUUCACCGGGAAGGCCAGCACGCCGCCUUGAACGCCGUGCAUGGUUUGUGCAGACCUUUGAAAGCCAGUUCCCUCUGAGCAGCAGAGCUGUGGGUG